AUGCUAUUGGCUAUCAAAGCCGCGACAACGGCACCCUUGGCCUUCCAAAACAGCUCAACUGGACCCCAACCUUUUCAAGAAAAACCUUGCUUCAUGGGAGGUCCUUUUAACGUUCCCAAAGACGUCGUGAUCAAUCUGCGCGUCAUAUGCUUGGAUGGUCCACAACCUUUCCAGGACGUCCCAAAUGUCUUCUUCGAGAGAUGGAAAUACUCGGACUACGACUUUCAAAAAUUCCCAAAUCUCAGUCCAGUUGCCUUUGCCUUGAAAUAUUUCACUCCCCCUGACCGAAGUGCACAAUCAACCAAUGUCCUCGAAGGUUUGAUGGCAAUUUAUGGGGCAACCAACGCUGGUUUACGCAGCUGGGGUGCUCAAAAGAGUAACGAUGUCAAGAAGAUCAAAGGUCCGAGUUUCUAUCUCGCUUUUCAACAUGCCAUAUCAGUCAAUGACUUGAAACGGGCAGCUCAUCAGCUCGGAAAGGUAUUGAAGAACUGCGUGGGUUGUAAAAAAGAAGAAAGAGAGCAAGUGAUCAAGAUUGCAACCGACAAUCAUGUGGAAGUGCCGAAGUCCUUCUAG